GUGGGACGAGCAUCUCCACCCCAGAGACCGAUGGCCUAGGAAGAACACCUAGAGGCCGAGGGUCUAGAGGCGAAUGCCAUGACAGAGAACCGUGAGACGAUCACCCGUCAUUCAGAGGCCGAGGGCCUAGAAGAGAUCGUCAUGGCCGAGGGCCGUCUGACGCCAUCAUUACAUCAUGACCGGCCCCUUGGCACGGCAUGAUCAUCAUAUUUGAAGACCGGCCUCGUCCCCGCACUGCGUGGAUGAGGACCGUUGCUUGAUUUCAGGUCGGCCUCUCAUUGCCGACACCAUUAUAUCACGACCGGCCUCCCGGCUCGGCGUGCUUUCCAUAUUUGAAAACCGGUUUCAUCCCCGCUCCUCGCGGAUGACGGCUGUCGCUUGUUUUCUCAGAUCGGCCUCUCAUCGUCGAUGUUAUUAUAUCACGACCGGCCUCCCGACACGGCGUGUUUAUCUUUUGAAGACCGGCCUUGUCCCCGCCCCUCGCGGACGAGGACCAUUGCUUGAUUCUUUCAGGUCGGCCUCUUGCUGCCGACACUAUCAUGUUAUGUUCGGCCUCUCGGCACGACAUAUUUAUCUUUUGAAGACCGGUUUCAUCCCCGCGCUGCGUGGAUGAGAGCCGUUGCUUGGAUAUAUCGGCCUGAUCGGACACUAUUGUCAUCUCCUUAUCAGGACCGACUGCUCAGCGGCAUUAUGAUCAUUGUUUAUCGGCUCCCAAUGCCGACUUUCUUGAGUUAGCGAUCGGGCUCACGACUCCCCUCCAGGAGGGUGACCAUCGCCUCGCAUGACGACCAGCUAUUCCAUCGCCUCGUCAUUUUAUUCGUUUUUGUAUCCCACCACCAUUAUGUGUGACAUCACUUGUGGUCAUUCUUAGAACCGAUGAACGUAUUUUCCUCCCUCAAAAAAAAGGAAAAAAAAAAAAAGAAAAGAAAAAAAAAAGAUGGGGAGAAGGGGAGACGAGAUCCUAUGAGAGAGGGAGUCUUGACGAGGUAUGCCUGAUCUUCCUUCGCCGCGUAUGACGAACGUCUCCCGACGCGGAGGCUAGUAGGAAUGUGGGGGGGGGGCUAGACGUACCAAAGGGAACCUCGACAAGAUAAACCAGUUCCUCCCAUGACCCGUGGUUCGAUGAACACCUUCCGCCAAAGCAGAAGGCUAGUAGGGCCACGAGCAUGGGACGACGAAGCAGGGAAUCCCGACGUGGAUAAACCUGUUCCUCCUUGCGAUCGUUGGAUGACUGAACGUCUUCUUCGAAGUAAGAAGAUUAGUAGGACCACGACAGGGACGAACGAAGAAUAGGGAAUCCCGACGUGGAUAAACCUGUUCCUCCUUGCGAUCGUUGGAUGACCGAACGUCUUCUUCGAAGUAAGAAGAUUAGUAGGACCACGACAGGGAGGAACGAAGAAUUGGGAAUCCCGACGUGGAUAAACCUGUUUCUUCUCAUAGUUGGGAUGACGAACGUCUCCUGCGAAACCAGGGGACCAGUACUCACGAGACUUGGGAAGAACAAAGAUCGAGUUCUUUACCGGAGUCUGAUUGCGUGCCGAGUGUACACCGCUUAGCGGUCCGUACAUAGGACCACGGAUACGGUAGACGAACGAAGACCAGCCCCAUGGGUCAGACACGCAGGACAAGUUCUCCACCGGAGUCUGUUGCAUACCGAGUGUACACCGCUUAGCGGUCCGUACAUAGGACCACGGAUACGGUAGACGAACGACGAUUAGCUCCCCAGAUCAGGUAGGAGGGACAUCGCCCGGAUUUAUUUCAGGCUCACCAUUCCUUCCCGGAUGGAGUCCUGGCAGACGAUCGGCUUCUCACAGCCAAUCAGGAGAGAGACUUGACACAUCACCAGCACGGCCGAGGGCCGCGAGAGGCCGAGGGCCAUGAGAUGAUCAUCACUAUUUUUAUGCAUCACGAUCGGCCCCUCAGCGCCAUCGUGUCCAGAUUCACGGUUCGGAUCGCUCAUUUCCCUCCAGGAUGGCGACGACCGUCUUAUGCAGUACGAUCGGCCCCUCAGCGCCAUCGUACCCAGCUCACGUUCAGCUCGUCCAUCCCUUCCAGGGUGGCGACGAACGUCUUAUGCAUCACGAUCGGCCCCUCAGCGCCAUCGUGUCCUGAUUCACGGUUCGGAUCGCCCAUUCCCUCCAGGAUGGCGACGACCGUCUUAUGCAGUACGAUCGGCCCCUCAGCGCCAUCGUACCCAGCUCACGUUCAGCUCGUCCAUCCCUUCCAGGGUGGCGACGAACGUCUUAUGCAUCACGAUCGGCCCCCUCAGCGCCAUCGUGUCCUGAUUCACGGUUCGGAUCGCCCAUUUCCCUCCAGGAUGGCGACGACCGUCUUAUGCAGUACGAUCGGCCCCUCAGCGCCAUCGUACCCAGCUCACGUUCAGCUCGUCCAUCCCUUCCAGGGUGGCGACGAACGUCUUAUGCAUCACGAUCGGCCCCUCAGCGCCAUCGUGUCCUGAUUCACGGUUCGGAUCGCCCAUUUCCCUCCAGGAUGGCGACGACCGUCUUAUGCAGUACGAUCGGCCCCUCAACGCCAUCAUACCCAGCUCACGUUCAGCUCGUCCAUCCCUUCCAGGGUGGCGACGAACGUCUUAUGCAUCACGAUCGGCCCCUCAGCGCCAUCGUGUCCUGAUUCACGGUUCGGAUCGCCCAUUCCCUCCAGGAUGGCGACGACCGUCUUAUGCAGUACGAUCGGCCCCCUCAGCGCCAUCAUACCCAGCUCACGUUCAGCUCGUCCAUCCCUUCCAGGGUGGCGACGAACGUCUUAUGCAUCACGAUCGGCCCCUCAGCGCCAUCGUGUCCCGAUUCACGGUUCGGAUCGCCCAUUCCCUCCAGGAUGGCGAUGACCGUCUUAUGCAGUACGAUCGGCCCCUCAGCGCCAUCAUACCCAGCUCACGUUCAGCUCGUCCAUCCCUUCCAGGGUGGCGACGAACGUCUUAUGCAUCACGAUCGGCCCCUCCGCGCCAUCGUGUCCUGAUUCACGGUUCGGAUCGCCCAUUCCCUCCAGGAUGGCGACGACCGUCUUAUGCAGUACGAUCGGCCCCUCAGCGCCAUCAUACCCAGCUCACGUUCAGCUCGUCCAUCCCUUCCAGGGUGGCGACGAACGUCUUAUGCAUCACGAUCGGCCCCUCAGCGCCAUCGUGUCCUGAUUCACGGUUCGGAUCGCCCAUUCCCUCCAGGAUGGCGACGACCGUCUUAUGCAGUACGAUCGGCCCCUCAGCGCCAUCGUACCCGGCUCACGUUCGGAUCGCCCAUUCCUUCCAGGGUGGCGACGAACGUCUUAUGCAGCACGAUCAGCGCCUCUGUGCCAUCGUGUCUGGCUCAUGUUCGGCUCGCCCAUCCCUUCCAGGAUGGCGACGAACAUCUCUUAUGCAGCACGAUCAGCGCCUCUGUGCCAUCGUGUCUGUCUCAUGUUCGGCUCGCCCAUCCCUUCCAGGAUGGCGACAAACAUCUCUUAUGCAGCACGUCUGCCUCCCGGUGCUGACAUGCCCUGUUUAUCGAUGAGAGCCACCACUUUCUAUCACAUCUCACAUUCUUUCUCUCAUACAUUGCACCCAUACAUUACAUGCAUUCAUGCAUUCAUGCAUCAUACCUCAUACAUUCAUACAUAUACACGUGCAUCAUGUUUUGACAGUACCGCGACGUCGGUUUAUAGAUGCAUGGACCUCUAAGCUUCUCCGAUUGGAAAGCUCGAGUCAGAGUGCUUUACUCCCGCCUGAUGCAUUCAGGGGGAGUGUGCCCGUAGAGGAGCACCCUUCGCCCGACCCCGUCGAGAAGGGGGGGGGGGGGUGCCUCACCGGCAGAUUAUGUUCAGGAGUGCAGACACCCACUCAUAUAUUAUGAUUACUUGAAGACACAGGUUCCAGCCAGGCAGAGGUAGAGCGCAGGCAAGAAUAUACUUUCUCGAGCAGAUUCGCGCACUCACUACUCAAGAAACUGGGGGACUUGUGUUGGGAUAUAUUAUCCCGGUCCGUUACUGUUCAGGAGCCCAAGACUUGAUAUAGUACGGAGUCCGUCUGGUAAGGCCCGUUUCGGCCCAUUCUGGCCAUCCGGCCCACCUUGGCCCAGUAGGCCCGUAUUUGGCCCAUUAGGGUGGAGAGCACCUUUCCCCUUUUCCCUAUAAAUAUGAGGCUUCCCUUCAUGUUUUGGGGAUCCCUUUUAGCUUC